UUGUCGGUGUAACUGAUGGGGGUGGAGGAGGAAUUCUGUGACCCGACCCAUUCCAGCCAUCCUGCAUGCAGAGCUCUUAACUGAAACGUGUCCACAGGAUGUUGUCCAGCCUGAACGAGUGGCUGUGGCAGGACAGGCUCUGGUUACCGCCCAACAACACAUGGGCCCAACUGGAGGACCGGGAUGGCCUGGUCUAUGCCCACCCCCGGGACAUGUUGGCGGCCCUGCCCCUGGCACUGGCCCUGGUGGCUCUGCGCAUCAUCUUUGAGAGAUUCGUCGGCCUGCCCCUGAGCCGGUUGCUGGGUGUGCGGGAUCGGACCAGGAAGCAGGUGAAGCCCAACGCCAUGCUGGAGAAACACUUCCUCUCAGGAGGGCGGAAACCCAAGGAGCCCCAACUAGCCCUGCUGGCCACCCAGUGUGGCCUCACGCUGCAGCAGACCCAACGCUGGUUCCGGAGACGCCGCAACCAGGACCUGCCCUGCCUGAGUAAGAAGUUCUGUGAGGCCAGCUGGAGGUUUGUCUUCUAUCUGUGCUCUUUCAUCGGUGGCUUCUCAGUCCUGUACCACGAGUCAUGGCUGUGGACACCGGCAAUGUGCUGGGACAGUUACCCAAACCAGACCCUGAAGCCAGCCCUGUACUGGUGGUACCUUCUGGAGCUGAGUUUCUACAUCUCACUGCUGAUCACACUGCCCUUUGAUGUCAAGCGCAAGGAUUUCAAGGAGCAGGUGGCGCAUCACUUCGUGACUAUUGUCCUGAUCACCUUCUCCUACAGCUCAAACCUGCUGCGCAUCGGCUCCCUGGUGUUACUGUUGCAUGACUCCUCUGACUACCUACUGGAGGCCUGUAAGAUGUUCAACUACGCGCGCUUCCGGUCAGUGUGCGAUGCUCUCUUCCUUAUCUUCUCCUGCGUCUUCUUCUACACCCGCCUCGUGCUCUUCCCCACACAGAUCCUCUACACCACGUACUACGAGUCUAUCGUCGACUCGGGCCCCUUCUUCGGCUACUACUUCUUCAACACGCUCCUGGCGCUGCUGCAGCUGCUGCACGUGUUCUGGUCUUGUCUCAUCGUCCGCAUGGUCUUCAGCUUCGUGAAGAAGGGCCAGAUAGAGAAGGACGUUCGCAGCGACGUGGAAGAAUCAGACUCGAGCAACGAAGUGGCCCAGGAGCAUCCCCAGCUGAAGAACGGGGCAGCCCCCACGGACGGUCCCCGGAGCCGGGCAGCCGGGCGGCUAGCCAACGGGCACACGCUAGCCACAUAGCCAGGCGGUGACUGGCCGCCAGGGGCUGUCCCCAGCGCCUUGAUCCCUGUGGGGUGACUGGACUGGUGGCCCUUGGCCAGCUCUACGGAGACAGAGAGGGCCCUACCCUGGCCUGGGCGGGGAGGGCUGAUGAUCUGUCUCCAGCCCCUUCCCUCUGCCCACCCUCCCUCCUUCCCCCUGGGCAACUGGACAGAGCCGGGGAGCAGAGGCAGGACGCUGCGGCCGGCCAGAGCCACCUCCUGGGGGCCGUGGGGAGCCCCAGGCUAGAAGGGGUCCAAUAAAACUUAAACGGAGCCAACUAGUCUGCCUGAGAACUUGGUCCCUGUCACAGCUCCUUCUCCAUCCCUGGACACCCCAAAGGAGCCAAACAUCUACUUAUAUACCCCCCUGACUGGACACACACGGCCACCCGGGACACAUACCCAACCCUAGGAGCCCAGACAGCAACAGGGCAUGGAGACCCCCACGACCCCAGCUGAGUCCUUGACUCUCCAACGACUUCCACCCCAGGACAGCUCUCAGUCAGCUGCUCAGAGACCCGGCUUUCUGCUAAGCUCAGAAAGGUCAAAUUCUUUGCCCCAAAUCACACAGAGGUCACAGACCAAGCAGGAGGGGUGGCCCAUCUCUGUCCUGCAGCCUGGAGCCUCCCUGGGAACAGUGAAAGAGGCUGGGAUGCAGGGGAGAGUAAAUUCUCAAGCAUCAGGCUGAGUGAGGUUGCCAUCUUUUCAGGAAUUCCAAAAAUAAAGAAACUGAGCAAUAGCAACGAUUGGAGAGGAUUGGGGCAGUCAACAGUAAUCUCACGUACAUUACUGGGGGAUUAUAAAUCGGUACGACCACUGUGGAAAGUCAUUCAGCAUCGUGUAAAGUUGCUGACCUUUUGUAAAGUUCGAAAGGAACUCAAGUGAAAUAAUAUGUCAUGUAGGCAUGAACAUCUAUCCAAUAGAACUGGAAUAAACAAAAUAUAAGCACAGAA